AUGUCUACCCUGGAACGUUUGGAUCUUUACGAAAAAGUCCAGGCAUUGGCCGCCCACCCGGCUUUGAAACCAAACGAGUGGGGCCACAUUCAAGCGCUCCUCAACGAUAUCAAGGCGGAUUACGAGAAUUCUGAUGACGAGGAUAACACGGGUGGUCCAGAGGUCACCAACAUCCAAAGGUCACCUGCAACCCCUGUCGGUGAGGAGCGGCCUCAAACAGCUGUGCAUUCAUUCAAUCUUCCAGCUGCCAAAUCCCCCGCCGGCCCCACUGGUUCGGAAUCUUACCUGGCCCCAGAACCCCAGGCGGCCAAAGACAAUCGAACACCAAAUCAAUCACCCUCGCGUGCCCCAAGAAUAGGUGAAUUUUUCAUCCUCCCAAAUCCUAUUGGCGCACCUCGAACGACCUGCCCCACCUUCAGCCAAUUCUUGUCGGGCAAUACAACCACGGCUUUCACGUCACUCCACAAAGGCCCACACAUGACAUUAUCGAACGCGAACGCCUUGUUGGAAUUAGGCUCCAGUGUGCUCAAACAGAAGAUUGCCCUCGGAAUCACGACCCCAAUGCCUCAUUCGACAUUGGACAAUCUUCGAAUACACUUCCUGAAUUUCCUGAUUAAAAUGGGUUUCAACCAGUUGGACAACAAUGGUGUCCCUCAGGUUAAUUGGAAAGACGUACAUGCUUCUUUCUACAAUGAAUUUUCUCCUUCAGUGAUUGCUGGGAUUUUUUCUCAAGAUAUUGAAAUAGCACUGGCCCACCGGUUGGUUUGA